AUGAAUCCACUGAUUUCUGCCGCUUCCGUUAUUGCUGAUGGGUUGGCCGUCGGUCUUGCUUCUAUUGGACCUGGGGUUGGUCAAGGUACUGCUGCGGGCCAAGCUGUAGAAGGGAUCGCGAGACAGCCCGAGGCGGAGGGAAAAAUACGAGCAUUGAGUUGUAUGUUGAGAGCAGCUGUUAAUGGAGGCUUCCUUGCUGGAUUUUCUGUGGGAGGUGUUAAUAUAUCUCACCUUCUAUUUGAUGAUGACAUGCUACUUUUUUGUGAGCCGGAUGGUGAUCAUAUGCAGUACUUGAGGGCUGUCUUACUUUGCUUUGAAGCUGUUUCAGGCCUGAAGGUAAAUCUCUCGAACUUUGAAAUGGUUCUUGUCGGUGGUGUAAACAAUAUUCAGGGCUUGGCGAAUAUCUUGGGUUGGAAGGUUGCUUCACUGCCCUUGAAAUACCUUGGUCUUCUACUGGGACCUUCUUUCAAGAAAAAAUCUAUUUGGGAUAGGGUGUUGGAAAAAAAUUGA